AUUUUAUUGACGGCACAACAGCAACAGCAACAGCUUAUCACAGUAUCAAGUGUAUUAUUGAGCCACUUGAGGCGGUGAGUCGGGCGCACGUAUUUAUAAAACUCGUUUGAAUCGCAGGCAAUCAGCACAGUACGAAAGCAGUAGCCAAAAUGAGCACACCGACGUUCGCCGACAUCUCCGCCAAGUUCACAGAGGCAACUCUCGAUGAGAUCAUUCAGAAUGCCGGCGGCACCAAGCACACCUCCUACAAGUUUGGCGAGGGCGGCAAAAAGGGCGACUCCUAUCUGAGUCGCGUCUUUCGCAUUUGUGUGUACGGCAUCAAGGAGCCCGAGGGCGAGCAGCUGGAGGUCAAUGUGAUCGUCAAGGGCAUGCCAGCGAAUCUGCACCGCCGUCGCCUUUUCCGUUCCGUCACUUUUUUCCGCAACGAAAUCGAUUUCUACACCAAGGUCAUUCCCGCUGUGGAAGCCUUUCAGAAGUCGCGUCAACCGCUGCCGAAGAAUCCCUUCGUCGAGUAUCCCAAGUGCCUGGCAUCUGUCUGCGACGGUGUCAACGAUUUCGUUGCUCUCGAAGAUGUGGGAUUCCGUGGCUAUCGGGCACCCAAUCGCAUGAACUACAUUGCCCUGGAGGAUGCACUGCUGACCAUGCGCACACUGGGACGCUAUCAUGGUGUUGCCCUCGCCUUCCAUGCCCAGGACCCAGAGAACUUUGAGAAAGCAGCCAGCUCACUGCAGGAGACCUACUACGGUGAACAUACACGCGAGUGGUAUACGGGAUUCCUGAAACUGGCGCUGAAGGUCGCCAGCGAUGCGGUUGAGAAGACGCUACCCAACACCAAGUACGAGACGUUGGCCAACAAUUUUCUGCAACCGCAGCUCUUCGAUGACAUGAUCAAUCUGGUGAGCACGCGCUCGAAGUUGAGUGUCUUUGGGCAUGGCGAUUGCUGGACUCCCAAUUUCCUCACACACUACAGCGAGGCGGGCAAGCCGGAGAAGAUCAUUAUCAUUGACUAUCAGCUGGCGCGUUGCUCAUCGCUGGCGCUGGACAUUAGUUUCUUUAUCUACUCGUGCACCAGUCAGGAGCUGCGCGAGCAGCACUACGAUGAACUGUUGCGAGCGUAUUUGGAGAGCGCACAGUCGCUGAUCACGGAUCUGGGCGGCGAUGCGGAGGCUGUGAUUUCGUGGGAUUCGCUGCAGGAGGAGCUGAAGCAGUUUGGUCGCUUUGGCUGCGGCAUGGGCAUCGAAUCGCUGCCAAUGUCGUUGAUUGAGGACGAUGAGGUGGCCGACCUGGAUGGCAUUGUCGAGAAUGCUGUGCUCACCGAUGUCUGGGACAUCAAGCCCUUCGAACAGCCCGCCAAGCAACAGCGCAUUGCUGAGAUCUUCAAGCAUGCCAUCGAUCAGGGUUAUAUUAAGUAAUUCACCAACUCAUUUCACAUUAUCGCCAAGACAAUAGCCAUUGAAAUGAUCAUUUUCGGAUGUCAUGUCGAUAACUUCUUUGUGAACAAAUAUCAAACACUCGCCACCACUACAAACUAUAUAGUACUCUAAUGGUAUUACAACUAAGAUGCAUACUCGCGCAAUAGAAUAAAAAUAUUAAGACACCACAAUGAAAGCUUGCAAAGCUUCGUCUAUAUUGAUUCACACUCUAUCGAUCAACGCACAUUCGAUAAAACACAAUCGAGCGGAGAAUUUAAAUUCAAAUUAUUACACAUCGUUUUACCUACAUGCUGACAUCUCUUAUAUCUUUAAUAUUUCGAAAAUGUCUUGAAUCCCUACCAAAUGGUGAGCGCCUAAAAGUAUGUAACAUAUUUCAAUCCGCCCAAUUUCGAAAAUGGUUCAUGCUUAAAAUGUUUCGAAUGCUUUUCUAGAUCGAUCAAUUAUUGAUCAUUACAUUUACAUUAUUUAAGAAAUGUAGAACAUUUCACUCAGAUUCUUCAAUAAUACCUUGGAGAAAGUCAUAGAGAGGGCAAAGGCAUGGAGAGAAAUAGUGAGAGUGGAGUUAGAGUGAGAGAGACUGCGAUCGCAGUGAAAUUUUUAAGAGUCAAUCCACCCCCAGUACUUUUCGACCCUCUCUUUGUUUUCUCUCUCUCUGAAUUUUGAUAGCAGUGAUGACAAAGUACAAAGUAAAACUAGCUAACUUAUUAAAACAUUAAAAUUCUACAAAUAAAUUGUU